GUGAAGUGCGUAAAAACAACCUCCUCAGCAUCAUGGCGAAGGUGCAGAUACUCAACAUGGUGGUUUUGGAUAACCCCUGCCCCUUCCAUAAUCCCUUUCAGUUUGAGGUCACCUUUGAAUGUAUAGAAGAUCUACCGGACGAUUUGGAGUGGAAAAUAAUUUAUGUGGGUUCAGCAGAAAGUGAAGAAUAUGAUCAGGUUCUGGAUUCAGUGCUGGUCGGACCAGUCCCUGCAGGCCGUCAUAUGUUUGUAUUUCAGGCGGAAGCUCCGAAUUGCAGCCUUAUCCCGGAGUCGGAUGCUGUGGGGGUUACAGUCGUCUUGAUCACGUGCACAUACAGAGGUCAAGAAUUUAUCCGAGUUGGCUACUAUGUGAAUAAUGAAUACUCCGACCCUGAACAUCGAGAGAAUCCGCCACUGAAACCCAACUUCACUCAGCUCCAGAGGAACAUUUUAGCAUCAAACCCACGCGUGACACGCUUUCACAUCAAUUGGGAAAGCACAAGCGAGUCAAAGAUGGAAGAUAUUGAGAACGUGGACCCUGCCGCUCAUUCUAUGCUCCCUCCGACCUGCGCACCUAUGAAGGGUCUUUCCGGCGCACUGAACCCAAUCCCAGAGAACUCAAUGGACUGUAUGUGAGUGCCGGAGCACUCGAGCUAGGAAAUCCGUUUAUAAAACCUCUCCUCACUGUGCCGGAAAGACAUAUGACAUAUAAAGCCUGGCAGCAUCAGCUUCUAAUCUCAGCUAGUGGUGCUUGUGGUCACUGCCAAUCUUCCAACGGUGCCUGAGGCCCCCCCCCCCUACCCCCAGAUCACACUGCGGUAAUCUCUCAUGCAUUUGUGUAGCUAAGCACGUCACAGCCAUGCAGAGUUUUUACGCU